GACAAGAAGUUGGAAGAGGUGAGGAAGAACAAAGAAACCAAAGACCCCUCAGAAGGAACCUCGGAGGACUGAGAGGAACAAAGGGGGGAUUGUAUAGGGUUUUUUACGUAUCCAAAGAUUGAUUUAUUUUUUGUUCAACCAGUAUUGUUUUUCACUCUUCACCUUUUUGAAAUACAAGUUGUGAAUAUUUCAGAUCUCCUGCUAUAAGUGUACUUGCGCUGGUUGUACAUGUGGAUCAUUCCUCCUCGUGUUUGUUCGGUAAUCAUCAGAUCUGUAGCUUUUGUCCUAGCAGCUUCAGCCCUUUUUGGAAACUUAACGGUGUGUUCUUAUACCUUCUUAUGAAGCAUGUUUCUAUGCAUCAAUCUUUUUAUUACCACUGGUUUCAUAGUGCGUUUUAAAACUGUCUGUGAACCACACCUGUUCUUGGCACUUACUGUAUAUUUCAAAAGUAGCACAAGGUUCGAUUGAGGUGUCUAACGCAGCUUUGUUACCAAGAUUCUGCUGAUUUUUCUUCUGCAGGUCAUGUUUUUGUGCCACUGCUGAUUCUUGGCUCUUGUAAGUAAAUAUGAGGGUAAUCUUCAAAGCACAUGGCUUUUUGCUGUAAAGCUGUGAAUUAACAUGGAAGUGGAAAGAAGAGGGUUCAUCGCCAACAUCACCAAGCAGGUGUUUACACAUGGAAUGCGAAAGAGCAAUACACUUGGCAUUUCAAUAGAAAGUGACUAGUUGACUUGAUUUGUGGUACUGAAACAAAUAAAGUGUAAACUUCUUGAUUGCUGUUA